AAUGUAUUAUAAUCCGUCAAAGUCGCCUUCUGUGGAGAUGCAUCAGUUGUCUUGAUUCAGUAAUAAGCAGUACUUAUUUAGACACGCUUACAGUUUGGAUCACUGAAUAAAAGACAGGAUUUAAGAAGAUCUGAAGUAAGAAACGAAGUCUACUGUGCAGUAGUUAGUUUCGAUUACGCAUGAUGUUUGUGCUUGGAUUUCUCUUCAUUUGGAUGCACGCAGCAUACGUUACUGAGGCGCUAUGUCCGAGUGACGGGACCCCAGUGAUAAACAUGUGCAGUCUCAACUCACAGUUUGGAAGACUGUUUUACAUUGACGGACAACUGAUGCAAAGCUACGUAAAAGAAUGCACGUGCACCAUCACGUCUAACAAAGAUGAAACUAUGUAUUACGCCUCCAAAAAAACCCAGACGGGAAGUACUCAGUGCGACAUUGCGACGUUUCGUCUGGACACACAGACAGGAGCGCCGAAGACCUGGAACUGUGGGACCGACGGUUUUGUCUUCACACCCGAGUCAAUCAGCGCCACGGUCCCCUGGAGUGUCGUCCUCACAAAAACCAGCCUCGGUCUGAACCUAACAAGCGACGUUGAUACUGGCUACUGCUUUCGAGUGUCCUUGUUUACUUCAGAAUUCAACGUGACCUGCUUUGCGGGUACGAACACGACCACUGACAUAAACGAGUGUGAUCUGGGAACAGACAACUGUCAUGACAACGCUCUGUGUAGCAACACCCCGACAUCCUUUUCCUGCACCUGUACAACUGGGUUCUCUGGGGAUGGCAUCUUCUGUCAAGACAACGACGAAUGUACAGAUGGGAGUGCCACUUGUCACCAGGAUGCCGACUGCACUAAUACUGUUGGAUCCUACAACUGUUCUUGUAAGACUGGAUACUCAGGAGAUGGAAGGAACUGUACAGUAUCAGACAUCAACGAAUGUAUAGACGGAAGUGCCACUUGUCACAACGAUGCAGACUGCACUAAUACUGUUGGAUCCUACAACUGUUCCUGUAAGACAGGAUACUCGGGAGAUGGAAGGAACUGUACUGACAUCAAUGAAUGUACAGACGGGAGUGCCACUUGUCACAACGAUGCAGACUGUACUAAUACUGUUGGAUCCUACAACUGUUCGUGUAAGACAGGAUACUCGGGAGAUGGAAGGAACUGUACAGACACUGACGAAUGUACAGACGGGAGUGCCACUUGUCAUCAGGAUGCAGACUGCACUAAUACUGUUGGAUCUUACAACUGUUCUUGUAAGACAGGCUACUCGGGAGAUGGAAGGAACUGUUCAGACAUCAACGAAUGUACUGAUGGGAGUGCUACAUGUCACCAGGAUGCAGACUGCACUAAUACUAUCGGAUCCUACAACUGUUCUUGUAAAAUUGGCUACUCUGGAGAUGGACGCAAUUGUACAGAUGUUGAUGAAUGUUCAACAGGAAUACACGACUGUCAUGCAAACGCCGAAUGUUUUAAUAUUCCGGGGUCCUUUAACGAUGUCGAUGAGUGUUUGGGUUCUAACGACUGUCAUACCAAUGCUGACUGUCAAAAUAACGCUGGUUCGUACUCGUGUAGCUGCAGAAUUGGCUACAUCGGCAAUGGAAAAACGUGCGCUGAUAUCAAUGAAUGUACUGAUGGUUCUAACGACUGUGAUUCCAAUGCUGACUGUCAAAAUAACGCUGGAUCUUACACGUGUAGCUGUAGGGCUGGCUUCACCGGGGAUGGGAAAACGUGCCUUGAUAUUAAUGAAUGUACUGCUGGAACACAUAACUGUCACCCCCAACGUGCGAGCUGCACCAAUCUAGAAGGAUCCUAUUUGUGUAUUUGCUUGGAUGGUUAUUCUGGAGACGGAACAACGUGUUUAGACAUCAACGAAUGUACAGACGGGAGUGCCACGUGUCACCAGGAUGCAGACUCCACUAAUACUGUCGGAUCCUACAUCUGUUCUUGUAAGACUGGCUUCUCGGGAGAUGGAAAGACUACGUGUGCAGAUGUUGAUGAGUGUGUAUUGAAGACACACAACUGUGAUAGUAACGCUGACUGCAGUAACACUGUCGGAUCCUACGACUGUGUGUGCAACUCGGGAUACACUGGUGAUGGAUUCAACUGUUUAG